CACCGUCGCAACCACGACUUUACCUUCGAACAAGUGAUCCAUGAGGAGUGGAAAGAUUUCAAGUUGCAGUACAACAAGCACUACAGGUCCACGGCAGACGACCGCCACCACAUGGGCAUCUACGCCGUGAACAAAUACAAGAUAGCCAAGCACAACGAAAUGUUCGAAAAGGGGAAAUGCUCCUUUAAACUGAAAGUGAACAAGUAUUCUGAUAUGAUGGAUCAUGAAUUUAACAGAAAAAUGAAAGGCUUCCAUUACCGAGCAGGUCCCAGAGCUGAAAAUCACACUAAGCCCUUCGUGACCCCUAUGUUGGCGGACUAUCCAUCAACCAUGGACUGGCGGCAGCGAGGCGUGGUCACUGAUGUGAAGGAUCAGAAGCAGUGUGGAGCUUGCUGGGCAUUCAGUGCCAUCGGCGCUCUCGAAAGUCAAAUGGCCAUCAAGACCCAACGACUGGUGUCCUUAUCAGAGCAGAACUUGAUCGACUGUUGCACCAGUAACUAUGGCAAUAACGGCUGCAAUGGCGGUUGGAUGAACAGCGCCUUCCAAUACAUCAAGGACAAUGGAGGGAUCGAUGCUGAAGCUUCAUACCCGUACCAGGCGGGUCAAUAUCAGUGCAGGUACUACUCCGGAAGCGCGGCCGCGACCUGCACGGGCUACGUGUCCAUACCGCAAGGAGACGAAGGGAAGUUGAUGGAUGCAGUCGCCUCUAUAGGCCCAGUAGCCGUCGCUAUCAAUGCGCCCAGUACUUUUCAGCAAUACGCUGACGGAGUGUAUUACGAGCCAGCUUGUACGACUAAUAGUCUUAACCAUGCGGUGCUUGUGGUGGGCUACGGCACUGAUCCCUACGGAGGAGACUACUGGCUAGCCAAGAACUCGUGGGGCAAGACGUGGGGCAUCAAUGGCUACGUCAAGAUGGCGCGGAACCGGUACAACCACUGCGGCAUCGCCACCACUGCUUCUUAUCCCACGGUUUAACACUUAGACUACUUCGAGUUUUGCGAAGGAGGCUUCCACUAAACUUGGCUGGGUGUCUGGUGACCUGUGCUCAGCUAAUUUCCUUGCACAACGCCUGAGCCUA